ACAGACCGAUCCAGCUCUUCUUGCAGCCUCCUUCUUCCUCUAGUCCUUUCCCACACCACGUACACACACAUCAUCAUCAUCUGCCUGCAGCUUUGAAGCUUGAAGGCCAACCGAUCGACCGCUUCAGACACUUCAGAGAGAGAGAUAGAUCGAUCGAGCGCAGGGGCGGGGGAUGGAGCGCGCGGAGAACGAGCGGCUGCGGAGGAUGGCGCAGGGGAAGUGCCUGGAGAACCUGCUCAUCAUGCAGGAGAACGAGUGGAUGCGGAGGAAGGCGCAGCAGCUGGACCAGGAGAACAAGGCCCUCCUCGCCGAGCUCAAGCAGCGCCAGGCCGCCGCCGGCCCUUCUUCCGGCUCCGUCGUCUCCGCUUCUGCUGGUUCCGCCGCCGCCACCAACAACCUCAAGCCGGCGAAGGCGGCAGCCGGCAAGCAUCAGCAGCCCAAGUGAAAAAGUCGCCACUUCUCAGCUCGGUCGUGCAUGCAUGCCUGUCUUUUUCUUUUGUAAAUCAGUAGUAGUAGUAGUAGUGUAGCAGGUUACUCUACUUAGCAGUGAGUGUAGGAGUUCUGUGCUGCAUGUCGUUGUAGAACCAAGGAGAUGGUGAGAACGAAGCCAGCCAAGCAGUGGCAGCAUUUUGUGCUAUGUACUGUAUCCAGUACUUAGCU